AUGCUGUUUGAUUAUGCUUUUUGCAGUGCAAGACGGUCGUUUGCUUAUCUGAUAAACAAAGCGCUGAUGGAACCCAGAGGUAUUGCUGCGUUGACUAAUGUGAACGAUAUUUCCUUUAUCAGUCAGUAUGAUGCGGUUGCACUGGACCGCGAGCUAUUCGGUACUUAUGCAUUCAACGUGGAUCAGUUAAUGGAGCUUGCAGGUUUAAGUUGCGCUCAUGCAAUAGCACGCAGUUACGAUAAAGGAAAAAUUCUCAUCAUUUGUGGGCCAGGAAAUAAUGGCGGUGAUGGUUUCGUAUGUGCACGCCACCUAACGUUUCUUGGCUUCGAGCCAUCUAUUUUCUAUCCAAAACAAUCAAAAUCAGAACUGAUGAAACGCCUUGUGAAGCAAACAGAAAAAAUGGGUAUACCACAUAUCGAUGACAGUGUUUUCAAAAAUCCGUCUGAUAUGAAAAAUAAGUUCACGUUGGUCGUGGAUGCUUUAUUUGGAUUUAGUUUCAAACCACCGUUAAGACAACCAUUUGAUCAGGUAGUCGAGGCAGUAAAUAAAAGCUCCUUACCAGUGGUAUCAAUCGAUAUACCUUCAGGAUGGGAUGUUGAGAAGGGACCACUUGAGGAACAAUUUGCAUUCAAUCCUGAUGUUUUAAUAUCGUUAACUGCACCGAAACUUUGCGCAAAACAUUUUCACGGUCGAGCGCACUAUGUCGGUGGUCGGUUUGUGCCGAAAGCUCUCGCUCUAAAGUAUCAUCUAAAUCUUCCCGAAUAUCCUGGCACGGAUUGUGUUGUGAAACUAUUUUAAAUCGCCAAAGGUUUGUUAUAAAAAAGAUUAUUUCUC